AUGCUACUAAAAUUUAUUAAAAGCCAAAAAGGCAAAAAAAUGUUGGUGUAUAACGGUUUUCUGUACAGCAAGCAUGAAGAGUACGAAAAUAAAAUUGUAUGGCGUUGCUCUGAUUAUAAAAAAUUUGCAUGCAAAAGCCGAUCUCACACUACUUCAGAAGAAGAAUCAGGUGGACCAAGCAAAACCGUAACUGAUAUAACUAUUCCAUCUUCAUAUUCUGAAAAUAAUAUUCAAUCACCUAAUACUUCGAUAUUUGAAACUAUAUUACAAACAAAUGGAAAUCUAACAAAAAGAAGCCGGCCAAGCAGAAAAGUAACUGAAAAAACUAUUAGUUCUUUAUAUUCUGCAAAUAGUAUUCAAUCACCCAUUAUUUCGACAGUUGAAACUUUAUCGCAAAGAAAUGGAAAUCUAAAAAAAAGAGGCCGACCAAGCAAAAAAGUAACAGAGAAAACUAUUACAUCUUCAUAUUCUGUAAAUAAUUUACAAACACCCACAUCUUCUACAUUUGAAACUUUAUCGCAAAUAAAUGGAAAUCUAUCAAGAAGUGGAAAUAUAAAUGGAGUGGCUGAUCAAGACUUAAUUUUUGGACCGGGUCAGGCCAAGGAGAACAAUUUUGGACAAUUCACGCGCACCUGCAAUAGUUGUUCUGUUAACAUAAGAACCGCCCUUUCCAUGACGUGCGAUGAUUGCAACUUGACUUGGCAUGCCAGAUGUCUAAGACUAUCUAAGGAUGAUGUGGACUUUUUAAAAGAACUUGAUACUAUCUGGAGAUGUCAAAAAUGUUCUAUCAUUCAAAGAGCUUCUCUUCUCGAAAACUAUAUCAAUUCACUUGGAAUAAAUAAUCAUUUGUCUAACCAGUUCAAAAAAAGUUAUUACAAGUACCAAAGAUCUAUUAGAAAAUAG